CGUGCGUGGAAUGUAACACGUGACAGUUGUCGUUUUGUGUCCUCGCGAAUAGCGAAUAUUCUAUUCGGUAUUGAUGAAGUUUGUGGGUGUGUGCCACAGAGAGAGAAAGAGAGAGAGAGAGAAGGGGGCGGGGGUGAUCCAGUAGUAAAAUAUGGGGAAGGAUAGGCUGUGCUUGGUAGCUCAGUGCUGACUGCCGAGCCGCGCGCAACAUUCAUGGCUUACUGCAAAGAUUAACGGACACAGUGUGCCCCAGGAAGUCGAUCCUAGCUGAAGUUGCCUUGAGAACAGUGAAGAUGGUGUGGAGGACCAAGUUGACUGUCCUCUGCCUCCUCCUGUUGGGUACUGGAACUGCAGAGUGCAGUACUGGAGUGCACUGCCCAGUGUGUCCAGUGGGGGCGCUGCACCCUGUGCAGGGUUUUCUGGAGCGCUUUGGGGCGGGGCCGGGCUGUGCUGCCAGGGAGACAGAGGAGAGGGAGACCCACGUGGUCUCUGUGGGGAGAGCCAGUCCUGGAUCACAGAGACAGGUGAAGGUGAUCCUCAGGCCCCUGUCCUUCACUCAGCCCCCAAACCGAUCUCUGGCCCUGGUGCUCAGCUCCCAGAAUCGUGUGCAGUGGUGCCUGGAGGGAGAGAACUUACCUCCCAGCCUCUCCAUUCUGGCACUGGUGGCGCUGCCCUCCACAGUGCAGUCGCGGGGUGUGGCCUGCCAGGUGAAGCACGUGGGCACCCUGCCCUGGAGCCCGCAGGCGCUGCUGCGCUGGAGCCUGGACCAGCAUGGCGCCAUCUCCUCCCUGACCCACGCACCCAUCGCCAACCGCGCUUACAUCCGCCUGGGAGUGGAUCCCACAAUGCCCAGCGUUUGCCAGCUGCAGCCCCUCUUCCUGUCCCCCAACUACCUGACCUCUGACCUGCAGCCCCGGGGGGUGCGCGGCUGUGCCCCAGCCGGGGCGGGACGAGACCCGGAGGUGCAUGUGAUCAAACUGCAGGCGACGGGAUCGGGGACCCGUGGCGCACUACAGGUGGAGGUGUCUGUCUCUCUGCUGCCCCCGGUGGCCGGUGCUGGAUGGUGCAGCGUAGUGUUGAUCCUCAGCAGUACGGUUCCGGUCAACUGGGCCCUGGCAGCCAAGGGGCUGCGGGGUCAAAUCUCCGUCUACUCAUCCAAUAGCGUGUCCCCGCUCUUUCCUCCUGAACCCAACCUCACUCUGACCGUCGUACCCAGCCUUGACCUCCUCGCGACCCAUGACCCCCUGGGCUGGGCCAAUGAGAGUGGCUUUCCAAAGGUGACCUCAUACACGGAGGCUGACCUAGCCAAUCGCUUUGUGAUCAGGCUGGCUGGGGGAGGGACAGGCAGUCUCCUCUCCCCUCGGUCCCUGGCAGUUCGGUCACAGCGCCUCCCGGUGGAGAUGCAGGAGAGGAGCGUGAGGGAGUGGUUGAGCCGGGGGGGUGACUGGGCAGGGCGGAGCCAGGAGGCCAUGGCUGUGCAGUGCCAGGAUGGACAGCUCAGCGUUGCCAUGGAUUCGAGCGUCCUGCAGUCCCUGACCCCCCCAGUGAAGGCCAUUACGCUGCGCGAGCGUGCUUGUGAGGCACACUCCAACGGCACCCACUUCCUGCUGGUCUUCCCUGUCAUUUCCUGUGGGACGGAGGGUGUGAUGGAGGCCGAGCCCAGAGGGGUGCUUUACAAAAAUAUGGUGUUGCUAUGGAGAAGCGAGACCUCCGUCGGCGUGCGGAACGAGACGGAGAGGGGCAGCCGGCAGACCCCGCUAGUCAUCCACUUCAGCUGUUUUGUGGCCAUCCCCAGCCCCCCCGCUGUCCCGGAGGUCACCCCUUUCCCGUCGGCGCUCGGGGGCCCGCAGGGGUCGGGGGAAGGAGGGGACGGGGGCACGUCCGGGUCCACAGUUUUUGCCCUGCAGCUUUUUGGGACGGAGGAGUUUCAGGACAAAACGACUGGCCCCUGCGUCAUCAUGGCCAACACCCGAGUCUAUGUGCAGGUGUCAGUGAAUGGUGUGGAGAGGGGGGGUGUGGAGGUCCAGUCCUGCAUGGUGUCGCCCCUCUCAGACCCCGACGCCUCCCCGGGCUGGGCGGUCAUCCAGGACGGCUGUCACGUGGACCCCUCCCUCAGGCAGAUUCGGAAGGGCGGGGCGAUGGAGAGGGGGGGAGCCCCGCCCCGCGCGCUGAGGUUCAGCUUCGUGCUCAAGCCGCUCUACAUCAAUCCGGUGCAGUUCCUGCACUGCAGGCUCCACUAUUGCAAGGAGGGGCCCCCAGGGGCCCCCCCGCAGGACCGCUGCCAUGGCAGGGCCCGCCUGCCCCCCCUCAUCGCUCAGCCUCGCAGCCAGCAGUGCGAGUACCGGUAUCUGCUGCGGCCGAUGCUCGUCACUCUGCCUCUGGGACGGGCACAGCAUGCGCCAUCUUCUGGGUCUGAGGUGCACACAGGCUCAGUGGUGGGAGUGUCGUUCGCUGCUUUCCUUAUCGGCAUCGUCCUGAUGGGGGCGCUGUGGUGCAUCUACACACGUACAGGAGUGACCCUGCCGCUUAGAAGAGGCAGCCUGCAGGAGGCUGUGAACCAAACCACUGCCCCCUGGACACCCCCGGACCCGCUGGAGCAGUCCAACAGCUUCAUGUGAAGGGUUUUUUGGGGGGGAAGAGGAAUAAAAGCAAAGACUGAA